AUGGCUCCCUCCGGCGACGACAACUCGGCCAAGCCGUACGACGCCGUCAUCGCCUCCAUCGUCGACUACGCCUACGACUUCGUGCCCGAUCGCCCCGAGGCCUGGGCCCGCGCCAAAGCCACGCUGAUCGACGCCCUGGGCUGCGCCUGCGAAGGGUUGGCGACCAGUGCCGAACUCGUCCGGCUGGUCGGCCCGCACGUCGGCAGCCCCGCGCAGAUCCCCGGCGGCUUCAAGCUGCCCGGCACCUCGUUCCAGCUUGACGUCUACAAGGGCGCGUUCGACAUGGGCGCGUCGAUCCGCUACCUCGACCACAACGACGCGUUUCCGGGGGCCGAGUGGGGGCAUCCGUCCGACAACCUCGGCGCCAUCCUCAGCGCCUCCUCCAUCUUCGCGCGCGCCGAAGGCCUCCCCAUCACCAUGCGCGACAUCCUCACCGCCCUCAUCAAAGCCUACGAAAUCCAAGGCGUCUUCCAAAUCCGCAACGCCUUCAACAAAGUCGGCCUGGACCACGUUAUCCUCGUCAAAGUCGCCUCGACCGCCGUCGUCUGCAAGCUCCUCAACCUCCCCCGCGACCAAGCCCUCGCCGCCGUCUCGCACGCCUGGGUCGACGGCCACCCGCUGCGCGCCUACCGGCAAGCCCCCAACACCGGCCCGCGCAAGGGCUGGGCCGCCGGCGACGCGUGCAUGCGCGCCGUGCACCUGGCGCUUUUGGCGCGCGCGGGGCAGCCAGGCCUCAAAACGGCGCUGAGCGCGCCGCGCUGGGGCUUCUACGACGUGCUGUUCGGCGGGCGCGAGUUCGACUUCUUCCAGCCGUUCCGCAGCUGGGUGGUCGAGACGGUGCUGUUCAAGGUCAACACGGCCGAGGGCCACGGCAUGACGGCGGUCGAGGCGGCGCUGCGGAUUGCGGAGGAGAUGCGGGCGAAGGGGCUGCGGGCCGAGGAUAUUGGUGCUGUAAGGGUGCGCACGCAGGAGGCGGGCAUGAUUAUUAUUAAUAAGAGCGGCCCGCUGCAUAAUCCGGCUGAUCGCGAUCACUGUCUCAAGUACAUGGUUGCGGUCGUGUUGCUGAAGGGCGCGCAGAUCGAGACGGAGGACUACCAGGAUGCGUCGCCGUGGGCGAAGGAUCCAAGGGUUGAGGAGCUGAGGGCCAAGACGACGAUGGUUGAGGAUGAGCAGUUUACCAGGGACUACCACAACACCGAGAUUAGGAGCUUGACGAAUGCGGUGCAGGUCACGAUGAAGGAUGGGACGGCGCUGGAUGAUGUUGUGGUCGAGUUUCCGCUUGGCCACUUCCGUCGCCCGGAGUCGGUGCCGCUGGUGUAUGAGAAGGCUAGGAGGAAUCUUGGGUUGAAGUUGGCGCCCGAGAAGGUGGAUGCCGUGCUGAAGCUGGCUGAGGAUGAUGAGAAGUUCCUUGCUACGCCGGUUAACGAUUUCCUAGACAUGUUUGUUGUUUAG